GCUAAUUUGAUGUGCAAUAAUUACACAAGUCAUUAUGAGCAAAUCUGUUAGGUGAAAUAUCGAACAUAGUUUGUUUAUAUAAUUAAAAGGUGACCAUCUAAGUCCGCGUGUAUGUUUCUAAUAGCUACCAGGCACGUUUUAAGAAGCCUGGAAUACAUUAACUUCAAAACCAAUGGCCUUUCGUCACUGCACAAGCACCAAAUAUAAUUAAAACCUAUUAUACACGUGAAGUCAUGUACGUAUGCGUCACUGAUAUAAAUGUCCAUUUUUAACGAUGCUCGGUCCUUAAGGAUAUUUUGUUGUUUUACAAAACAUUAACGUUAAAAUGGUCGCAAUCGUAUUUAAAAGGUAAUAAUCUCUUCAAUUAAUGAAUAUAUAAAGUAGGUGUAAAGGAAAUACGAAAUAAUACGAAAUUAUUGUGACAUAUUACAAGCUGUCGAAGUGAACAUGUAUUAAAACUUGAAGAAAGUAUUAAAUACCUUUUCAUUAUUUUAAGUUGAAUGCCAAUUAAAAGAAGUACACUAAGCAGAGAGAAAAAUUGAUUGAACCCAGACCUAAGUGAUAAAUAGCAAACGACAAUGAUUGCUUUGGCUGUUCAGGCUUGUUUUAACAUUCCACGCGCCAGUAAAACUGCUUGGUCAAUUUAUAUAUUAAAUGUUAUUAAAUAAUAUUAACGCUGUUCCCCCAUUUUUUAUGUUUAUGAACAGAAACAAAUACUGUCCUCACGGUCCAUUUAUAGUUGUAGAUACAGAUCCAGAUCGUUAUAUGUCUAACAGUAAAUUGUUUUGUGAUGUUUAUUUCAAGUAGCGGUGCCCAUCGUGGCUGUUACUUUUGUUUUCGAUGAGGCAAUAAAACACUUUCAAGUUUCUGCUCAGUUUAUGGCAAGCGCUAAAGUAGUCAGCCGUCCGUAGGUUAUUUAGCAGUUGACUGAAGGUCGCGACAGCUUUUUAAUUCCACAAAACGGCUGGGAUUUUCGAGCUUGUACUUUCAAUGGCAAACGCCGUGAUGUAUUGAUAUACACAGUAAAACUGCUGAUCACCUAAAUAAUAUGAUACCGUUUUGGAAAACCCUCCUUUAAGUUCAUGCAGAAUAAAAUGUAAUAUAGACGUACCAUAUUUUACCCGGCAACGAGUGCGUCAUAAUUGUUAAGUGUUUGUGAAUUAAAAUGUCUUAUUUCACAUAACCGAUCGCCCAACUUUCACAAUGGUUUGUAUACAGCAAUCCUAUUGUUUGGCUAUAAAGCUAAAGUUUAAUACAGGUAUUUAGUCUUGUACAUAUAUAUAGGCUAAUGCUAUAUUUUAGUAGCGUUAUACUAAUUUUAUACCAGUUUUACUUGCCUGCUACUUCGUGAUCAUGAUAGCCUAAGAGCGCUAUGUGAAUGGCCGACCUGAAGAUUUCAGAAGCAUUUUCCUUCCUUUCAUACAAGAUAUCACUCUAAUGAAAUCGGUUCGGAGACAGCAGGCCUAAAAAUACAUGUGUUUUUGCUUUAUAUUUCAUUGCAAAGAAACGCAAAGAAACCAGUGCGAACAAGUAUUAAAGUUAUUUUUAUUAGUGCAUAAACCGCUAAACACUAUUGCAUAUACUGCCCCUACAUACAUAAAAAUAGAAUACAAACGCAUAAAAUGUAUUUGCCCUAACGUCCUCGAAAAUAGUGGGGAGGCUGAGAUGCCCUGGCGAUUUGCUGGAAGCGGUCACCUGUCUGAUUUUAUGACUUCUCUAGCUUACACAGGCGUUAAGACAUUCUUCUGCAGUAAAACAGAUUUACUCCUAGUCCCCGCUCCACAUGCAUGCGCACCAUGUGUACACAGCGGCGUUUCUUUCUGGGGUUUCAUCGGGGUUAUACACUUAGCAACGCGACCAGUAAACACGCCAAAAUGGUUGUUCUUUAGAAAUGCAAGAAAUUGCUAUUUUACAGAAACAUUUUGUUCUGAUCUUGGGCGCAUUUAAGAACGUAAUGUUCAAUGUGCGAUUGGUGCUAAAAUAUCACUAUCAAUAUGUUAACAGCUAUGUUUUCAUGUUUAACCCAGGUAUAAUAUCCUCGCUCUCGCAAAAAGCUUUUAACAUGAUGUCAGUGAUGCAUUCUCGGCCUGCAAGUGUCUUGCAUAUUACCAGAAAUAUUCUAGCGCUGGUAGAGGACGGAGCCAGUGAAUUAUUCGUAAACUGGACGUGCAUUAAUAUAAUAAUAACGAGUGAAUUAAGCCGCCAAGAUUAAGAUCAGAACGAAGCCGGGUUGUUCCUUUCAAUCAGCGUCAAAUCGCGCGCUAAUUUACUGUGUAUCGAUUAAGUGUUUCUGCACUAAUAUAAAAGUUUCUGUGCAUCUUAAUUUCGUUUUCUUAUUCUUCGGAUCUAUAACAAAAACAGAUCGGUGUCAUUUGCUUUUAGGCGUUGGAGGAUGUUAUUUAGAUUAAAAGUGAAUAUUGAUGUAAACACACAAAACAGCGGAAAUAAAAAAUACAUUUUGCCCCAUGAAUUAAUGAAAGAUAAACGCAGCUCACUUUCUAGGUUUGCCACGUUAGUCUUCACGUUGUUUUUUAUUCCGACAACCGUUUGCAGGAUCUUUUAAUGCACAAGGCGUCUUUAAGUUGUGUUAAACCCCUAUAAAGUUAAUGCAAUUAAAUACCUAAAAUGUCGAAAUGCGUUUUAAAUGAUUAUUAAUAAGCGUCUUCCUGCAAGCAAUAAACUGAAAUUUUUAUAUGUCCGAUUUAUUUUCUGAAUUUUCAUUUUCAAAAAGGUUUCUUUAAAUCAUCUAUUUCAAUUAAAAUUGAAAUAUAUUGCUAGAAAAGAAAGAUGCUUAUCGAUCUGAGAUACUACGUUGUCAAGAUAAUUCUACGACUAGGUAAUUGGAUUACUGUACCCUGCGUGCAGUUGGCUAAUCAGAUUUUCUUUUAAACACGACAGUCAUGAAUAUAUAACUAUAUAUAACAUAGACAUAUGGACCCGUCAUGCAAAUGAAUAUACAAGUCUUGUUACGUUACUUUUUAAGUGUUAGUUUUUCUUCAUAAUCUCUUGGACUCAUACAUUCACUUUUUUACGGAUCGAUUCGAUUAUGGAUCAGAUUCUAGAACGGGACAGUCAGAAAAAUUACUAAACAUUCAUAAAUACAACGGUGUUCAAUCGUAUGUGUGUGUGUGUGUGUGCGCGCGCUGGUGCUGUGCGUGCGUGUGUAUGUGUGUGUGUGCGUGCGUGUGUGUGUGAGUGAGUGAGUGAGUGCACUGCUAUUUCCGUCAAAUGAAUAAAAAAACGAAGUUUUUCCCCCCCACUUUCCUUCUAUUCCUCGCUUUUUAUUGGAGGAACAUGGUCAGCUGACAUUGUCAUUCUCUCUGACUUGGGUUGAAGCCUUAGCUAUAACAUUCGAGCUGUGUGCCUCUAGCGAAGCCCUGAAAUAAAUUAAACAGAAAUCACAGUCCGCGCUCCUGUUAAAACACAGAAAAAAUAAAGAAGGAGAGAACGAGAGACAGGGAGGCAGAAAGAAAAACGGAAAGAAAAAGAAAAAGUGGGAGGGAGGGAGAGAGAACGAGAGGGAGAGAGGCAAGGUAUGAAUUCGUAUUUCGCAAAUCCGUCGCUCCCUUGCCAUAUAGCUGGUGGUCAAGAAGUUUUACCCAACGUGGCUCUAAAUUCGUCCAGCUAUGACCCCGUUAGACAUUUUUCGUCCUACGGGACAGCCGUGGCCCAGAACCGGAUCUACUCCUCACCUUUCUAUUCGGCCCAAGAUAACGUUGUUUUUGGAUCCAGCCGGGGACCGUACGAAUAUGGAGCUAACGUGUUCUACCAAGACAAGGAUGUUCUGCCUAGCUGCAGGCAAACUAGCAUGGGACAGACUGCACAGAGCUCGCUUGCACAGGACUACACCUCGGAACAGGGCAGAACAGGAUCACAAGAGCAGAAAGGAAGCAUUCAAAUCUAUCCAUGGAUGCAGCGAAUGAACUCUCACAGUGGAGUCGGAUACGGGUCAGAUAGACGGAGGGGUCGGCAGAUUUACUCCCGAACGCCAGAUCAAAAUCUGGUUCCAGAAUCGCCGUAUGAAAUGGAAAAAAGAGAGCAAUCUAACUUCGACUUUGAUGGAAAACGGAUCUACUGGAGCAACUCAAGAAGCAGAGAAGGAGGAUACCGAAGUGGACACGGACGAGAAGAAAAAGGAGAAAACGCCGAUUUCCUAAUCCACAAAUACAUUAGUGGUAUAUCAAAGUAUAAUUAAACUACCUAUCUUAAAUUUUAUUUGGCACAAUUUUUACACAUAGGUAUGCACACAUGUUCGCACGCAUAUAUGAGUGCGCGCACGAUAUCACACAAUUGCACACACAUAUAACGACAGCAAGAUGCAUUUAAAAUGGACAUCACUGUGCUAUAGUAAGAAACAUGCAACUUCAGGAAAUACAUGUUUUCGCUUUAAUUGUUUCGUGUCAGAUUUGAGUGAUCCUCGUUAUGGACAGAAUUCCAUUCAAUGACUUGACAUUCCCUGAUCAUUCCCUGCUCUACAAGAAUGGACUGCGGUAAAACAACGGUUCUAGUACCCUUAAAACAUAUCGGACGCUUUAUACUAAAAUACUUUGUCUCAUAAAAUUCUGUGAACUUGUAUCUGGCAAAAUGUUUUCCUUAACGUGGAAACCUGCUGUGUGCUAAUUAAGCAUCGCACACGUAGGUUAUUCCCGAUAAGUGUGAAGGUAAUGACGCAUUUUGUUUAUUACGAGCAUUCGUGCUGUCUGUUUAGCUAAUUUCUUGUAUAAAUGCAUAUGAACAAAAGUUGUACUUGGACGAACUAUACUACCUGAAUUGUUAAUAUGACUUGUAUAUAUGGUGUGCUUUA